GUGUGCGGAUGGAGUUGAGCGGGUUCUCCUUAGUGAGGGCCGCUGAGCGCAGAUGUGCUUCAGGGUGUGUGUGUGGGUUAAUCAGUGCGACCUGCCCUCCUGCACAACACGGAUGUGGCUUCUCCCUGCUGUUUAGUUGCGGAUCACAAACAUUUCAUGGUCUCUGCUGGCGGAGUUUAUGCAGAAACAAUGCGGGAAACGGACAUCGUGUCUGGAUCUCCUGGAGCCACUGAGGCGGACAGUGAGGAGGGCAGUCUGUUUUUCAGACAGAGUGAGGAAGAUGGGCCGCUGGAGGCCGGGCUAGUUCUGACCAAUUCCUGUCCGCACUCUGUGUACAGCAGCACAGAGGAGUGGGUCAUCCAGCCUCACAAUCAGAGUCUGCAUGACAGUGAGUCUGAGGACAUGCUCCAGGCCAUAAACCCAAACGAAGUUUAUGCCUCAGAUCCUCUGCGGCAGUCGCUGUCGGAGAGUGACAGUGGCAUGUCAGAUGACCGUUACUCAGAUGGCCCAGCUGUGCUGAUGGAAUCCACUCAUAAUCAGGCCAUGCCCACUGUCUACCAGGUGGUUUAUGACAUCAGUGGCCUGGGGGUCAGCCCACAGGAGCAGCAGAAGGUGGAUGUCAUCUCCAUAGAACUCGACGAGUGGAGCUCCCAGGUGCUGAUGUCCGAGUCUUGUGUCGUGAGCGAGCUGCCGCUGGUUUCUUCUGUAAAAGUGGAACAUGUUCUUCCAGAAAGCUCCCAGAAUACAUUAGACACACCCCCUGAUGGCCUGGAUUACCCGGAUCUGAAUCUGACUGAGGAGGAACAGAAGCUUCUGAACCAGGAAGGAAUCUCACUCCCUAACAACCUGCCAUUAACAAAGGCUGAGGAAAGGAUUCUAAAGAAAGUGAGACGUAAAAUCCGCAACAAGCAGUCCGCCCAGGACAGCCGGCGCAGGAAGAAGGAGUACAUCGAUGGUCUAGAGAGCAGGGUUGCAGCAUGCUCAGCUCAGAACAAGGAGUUACAAAGAACAGUGGAUCAGCUGGAAAAACACAACACGUCUCUGUUGGCGCAGCUGCGGAAGCUGCAGGCUCUGGUAAAGCAGACGGCCACAAAAGCUGCCCAGACGAGCACAUGCAUCAUGAUUUUGCUCUUCUCCUUGGCCCUCAUCCUCUUCCCCAGUUACUGCCCUUUCAGCUGGAGAUCUCAGCCCUCAGACGACAGUUACACACCUACAGGAGUGAUCUCUAGAAACAUCCUGAACGAUGCUGCCUCACCCCUGCUGCCUUCUGAAGACGCUGUGGAUGACGACAAGCUCGUCUCAGAGCCUGUGCUCUCCUCAGACAUCCAGGAGCCAUCUCCAGUGGAUGCAGCAUCCUCUCUGGUGCAGCAGCAGCCCUUGGACACCCCUGAGGGAGAAGAGGUGGCACCCCUUGAGGACGGUCUCCAGGGAAACAGCUCGACACAGCCACAUAGUCGGACAGGUCCGCUGGCCGACAGCUUAAUGCCCGUCUCAGCAGGGGGUGCUGGGUUAGACGCGGCCAAACCUGCACACGCUGACGAGAUGUAGCACACUCCUCUAAAGAUAGACUUUCCUUACAGAACUGUGUAAAGCUUUAUGAACACUAAUAAUCGCACGGUUUUACCUGUAACGUGUACAGGUGUCUCUACAACCUAAUAAUGAAUUUUGGUACUUGGUUUUGGGAAGGGAGCCAUAGUUUAUGUUUCCAACAUUUCUAAAUGGGGAGAAAUCCUGCCACAAGAAUGUAAACAAGGACUUUUAUCUAUUACUUUAUGUUUAUUGUUUUUCAAGGAUUCAUGCUUACGUUAAUAUAUUAUCAGUCAUUGCAACAGUGACAAGGACACAUGCUACAAAACAAAGAGUGGGUGGGAAAAAUAUGCUCUGAAAUUACUGAGAAAGUCAAAUUCGGUACAACAUCAAGAGCACUCUAGAUAUGGUUAGAGACAUAAUGUAGGUCUUUUCUAAUAUUUCCACUUAUUGCUAAUGACCAGAUUUCUCAGAAUUAGCGGUGCAAUGAAUCAUACGGUAUGAGUUUUUCCAGUGGAAAGAAGAUAAACAAAGACAAUCCUAAAGACGUUUGAGUGCCGUGCUUGCAGGCUGUGUUGUAUGUUAUUGGAGGAAAGUUACGGCUUAGAUAAUUUUUUUCAAAUUCUGUCAGAGUUCCUCUAUAACUGUAACUCCCCCUGCUUGGUUUCAGAGGUGUUCAUUUUUAUAUAAAAAUGCAGAUACAGCAGGGUUGUGUAUGGUAGAAGUUUGUUGAGUGUAUGGUAGCGGUUUGUUGGGUUGUUUUAAAGAAGAUGAGUGUGUUUGUACAUUAAAUCAUGAGCUGUUUUUACUGUU